AAACCGCGUUUCUCAAAAUCCAUCCUAACACACCCUUAAAAACUUGCUAAAGAUUGCACAACAAUCAUCCAGAUCAAGCAAAAAUUACCUCUAGAAAAACCCACCUUCUCCUUUCUUAAUCCCGCCAUGAGAAUACCAGAAACCUUGACCUGUUUCUAUGGCUUCUGAAACUUUCUUCUGUUUCCUCUUUCUUCUAUUCUUCUCUGUUUCUACUGUUCCGUCAGGCUUUACUCUCUCUACUGUAGCCAUUUCCGAAACUUCGAACCAGACACUGGUUUGUGCGUUAAACCAGGAAACAUCACUUGUCUGUUCCAGUUUUCCACAGGGAAUACAGAUUCCCGUCAACCCCAACGCGUCAUUUUCUGCGAUCGUCGCAGGAGAUGGGUUCGUCUGCACGUAUUCAUCUUCCUCGGCUUCUUCAUCUAUUCAUUGCUGGAGAUUUUCUGCAAAUGGUACUAACAUGACCCACAAGCGAAUCCAUCAGGGUCCUCGAUUAAACGAACUCGAAGCCGGAAACUCCCACAUUUGUGGCCUUUUUAAUGGGACAAGUCGACUAGAAUGCUGGCAAUGGUUGGGAUUCAACUCCUCCAUGGCUCCAAGCUUCUCGAACCUCGCUGUUGGUGAGAAUUUCGUAUGUGGGUUAUUAGAAACCGGAAAGGUUAGCUGCUUGGGAGAUGCUAAUAGCACAUCUAUAGAGAAUGAGCUUCGCCGGAAUUACAGUGCGAUUACCGCCGGAUUCCGGCACGUCUGCGCCCUUAGUUUAGAGAAUGAUUUGGACUGUUGGGGGGCAGGCGUUAAACCAGAAGGCAAGUUCACGGCAUUGGCCUUAGGAGACGACCGCAGCUGCGCGUUGACGUGGCUUGACGGAACCGUCGUCUGCUGGGGCAGCAAUAAUUUCAGCUUGCCGGAGAGUCUACGAACGAUUCAUUUCAGCAAGAUUGAAGCAAAGCGCAGCGUUUUUUGCGGAGUUGCGGCGGAGAAUUUCUCUCUGUACUGUUGGGGUGAUAAGAGAUUUGAGCCGAGUUUCAUGGUUUUUGACAGAGUAAUGCCAGGACCGUGUAGAAGUCAAUGUCCUUGUGGUCCUUUACCUGGGUCUGGUUCCUUUUGCAGCAGUGGAUUAAUUUGCCGACCUUGCGAGAGGCAGAUUCAGAUUCCACCGGCGGUCCCCAUUACGCCGCCGCCGCCGCCGCCGCCGCAUCUGAAAUACAAAGCCACGGUUUGGAGUAGAAAGAUGGUGGCUUUCUUGGUUUUGGGGUGUAUUGGGUCCUUGUUUAUGCUGUUGGUCUUUGUCUUCUUUCUCAUCCGGUGUUGCAAAACCAGAGGCUGCCGCAUCCAUGACUCUGGCCGGUUAGACCAGAUUGGCACGCAACCAAACCAUGGCUCGAACCAGGUACAAAACCCACAAACCCAAAUACAAAACACACCUGUAGUUGUUCUUGAGAAACGGCUCAGCCAGUUAGCUAGCAUGGGAAAUGCAGGUCAACUCGUUGAAUUUUCCUUGCAAGAACUCCUGGAAGCUACCAAAAACUUCUCUGAGGAAUGCAAGAUCGGGUCAGGUAGUUUUGGGUCGGUCUAUCGUGCAGUGUUAUUAGACGGGCUUGAAGUUGCUGUUAAACGUGCUGAGACAUCAAACUCCUCUUCCCAUUUUUGGAGCACCAAACGACAAGAAGAUAAAAACAAAGCUUUCAUUAACGAACUCGAAUCCUUGUCACGAGUUAACCACAAGAAUCUAGUUCGGUUACUGGGAUUCUGCGAAGAUAAAAAUGAACUUGUUUUGGUGUAUGAAUACAUGGAGAAUGGAACUCUCCAUGACCAUCUCCACAAGCUUCCCAAUUCACCAUUGAGGUCCUGGAGCAAGCGAAUAAAGAUGGCACUUGACGCAGCAAGAGGAAUUGAGUACCUGCACGAGUACGCAAUCCCUCAUGUGAUCCACCGUGAUAUCAAGUCAUCAAACAUCUUACUUGAUGCCAUGUGGACAGCCAAGGUGUCUGAUUUCGGACUCUCCUUGAUGGGUCCUGGCGAGGGCGAGUCACAUCUCUCCCUUCGUGCUGCCGGAACCGUCGGAUACAUGGACCCUGAGUAUUACAGAUUGCAACAGUUGACCAACAAGAGCGAUGUGUAUAGUUUGGGUGUGGUUUUAUUAGAGUUAUUAUCUGGGUGUAAGGCGAUUCACAAGAAUGAAAAUGGAGAUGCAAGGAAUGUUGUAGAUUUUGUUGUACCAUAUGUUGUGCAAGAUGAGAUUCAUAGGGUAUUAGACCCAAAAGUACCACCACCUACACCAUACGAAAUUGAGGCAGUGGCUUAUGUAGGAUACUUGGCAGCAGACUGUGUUACCCUAGAAGGUAAGGAGCGACCAUCCAUGACUGAGAUUGUAAAUAGCUUAGAAAAAGCAUUAACUGCUUGUUCAAUGUCUCCGCCACCAUCUCCCUUGCUCUCCCGAGCCACAACUCGCUCAUCUGUGUAAUCAUCUUGAAUCGAUUAUCAAGAUUCUUGGCCA